UGACGGGAGGGGGGCGUGGGGAAAUGUGCCGAGGGGCCCGGGCUGGCUGGGCCAGUCCAAGCGACGCAGCCACCCAUGCGCUCGUGCUCGCAAGGCCACCCGCGCCCAGAACCCUAGUCCGCGGUUUGGAGCCGGGUGUCUGCGGAUAAGGAGAGCUCUCUCCCGGCUAGGGGCUAGCGGGAGCCGGCUCAAGAGGAUCGAGGAGCCGGGAACCCCAAACGUCGGGCGCCAGGCGCCAGGCGCUAGCCAAGCUGCUGCGCGCCCGGGCGCCCAGCUGGCUGGGGACAGUCGCUGGGUGCCGGAGACCGGAGCUAGCGGAUUGCAGCGGAAAAGCCAAGGCGAGAUGUCACACUGGAUCCUUGGCCUCCAGGGUCCAUUAAGGUGAGAACAAGAUCUCCGGGCUGGCUGGAACUAGCAUAACACUGAAAAAGCAGCCACAGACAUGGCAGAUGAGCCGCUCAAUGGAAGCCACACAUGGCUAUCCAUUCCAUUUGACCUCAAUGGCUCUGUGGGGUCAGCCAACACCUCAAACCAGACAGAGCCAUACUAUGACCUGACAAGCAAUGCAGUCCUCACAUUCAUCUAUUUUGUGGUCUGUAUCAUCGGGUUGUGUGGUAACACACUUGUCAUUUACGUCAUCCUCCGCUAUGCCAAGAUGAAGACCAUCACCAACAUUUACAUCCUCAACCUGGCCAUUGCAGAUGAGCUCUUCAUGUUGGGUCUGCCUUUCUUGGCUAUGCAGGUGGCUCUGGUCCACUGGCCCUUUGGCAAGGCCAUCUGCCGGGUGGUCAUGACUGUGGAUGGCAUCAAUCAGUUCACCAGCAUCUUCUGCUUGACAGUCAUGAGCAUUGACCGAUACCUGGCUGUGGUCCACCCCAUCAAGUCGGCCAAGUGGAGGAGACCCCGGACGGCCAAGAUGAUCACCAUGGCUGUGUGGGGAGUCUCUCUGCUGGUCAUCUUGCCCAUCAUGAUAUAUGCUGGGCUCCGGAGCAACCAGUGGGGGAGAAGCAGCUGCACCAUCAACUGGCCAGGUGAAUCUGGGGCUUGGUACACAGGGUUCAUCAUCUACACGUUCAUCCUGGGGUUCCUGGUACCCCUCACCAUCAUUUGUCUUUGCUAUCUGUUCAUUAUCAUCAAGGUGAAGUCCUCUGGUAUCCGAGUGGGCUCUUCCAAGAGAAAGAAGUCUGAGAAGAAGGUCACCCGAAUGGUGUCCAUCGUGGUGGCUGUCUUCAUCUUCUGCUGGCUUCCCUUCUACAUAUUCAAUGUUUCUUCUGUCUCCAUGGCCAUCAGUCCCACCCCAGCUCUUAAAGGCAUGUUUGACUUUGUGGUGGUCCUCACCUACGCUAACAGCUGUGCCAACCCUAUCCUAUAUGCCUUCUUGUCUGACAACUUCAAGAAGAGCUUCCAGAAUGUCCUCUGCUUGGUCAAGGUGAGCGGCACAGAUGACGGGGAGCGGAGUGACAGUAAGCAGGACAAAUCCCGGCUGAAUGAGACCACGGAGACCCAGAGGACCCUCCUUAAUGGAGACCUCCAAACCAGUAUCUGAACUGCUUGGGGGGUGGGAAAAACCCAGCUGCGCUCUGUCUGCUGGCAAUGGUCUCCCUACCCGCACCCACUUACUUCCUCCCACCCCUCACACCUGGCUUUUAGAAUAGAGGAUUGCUCAGCACGAGUCCAAUUCAGAGAACAGUGUUUGAGUCGGCUUGUCUGAUUGAAUGAUAAUGUGCUAAAUUGAUUACCUCCCCCUUAAAGCAAACACUGAAAUACAGGUAGACAAUUCAAAGUCUGGAGAAAAGGGAUCGUGCCUGAGUAUGAUCUUUAGAAACGAAAAUAGGCCGGGUGCGGUGGCUCACACCUGUAGUCCCAACGCUUUGGGAGGCCGAGGCUGGUGGAUCACAAGGUCGAGAUCCAGACCAUCCUGGCCGACAUGAUAAAACCCUGUCUCUACUAAAAAUAUAAAAAAAUUAGCUGGGCAUGGUGGCGUGCGCCUGUAGUCCCAGCUACUCGGGAGGCUGAGGCAGGAGAGUCACUUGAACUCGGGAAGCAGAAGUUGCAGUGAGAUGAGAUCGAACCAAUGCACUCCAGUCUGGUGACAAAGCGAGACUCCAUCUCAAAAAACAAAACAAAAAUGAAACAAAAAAAAAAAAAAAGGAAAAAAAAAGCAUCUGUGUGUUUGUGCAUUUAAAACUCAAUAUGUAAUCUUGUGUUCUUAUAUUUAUACUUGCAUAUUCCUAUUUAUUCUCUGUAUAGGCGUUAUCUACGUUCUUGUGUUCACAUAUACAAGUAGUAAAUUCAAAUGUGCAUAGUGUACAUGGACUUUUGGCACAAUACAGAGCCCGCAGAAAUGGACUUACCAUGAAGCCAAUAAAGUUUCAACUUCAGGGAGCUCUCUUGCACGGGCCUUUCCAAGGCCCAGGAGGGACCUGGGCAGUAUGUUCACCUGGUCAUCUGUUUUUGUAAAUAAUUAUGGAAUUAAGAUAUUUUUGUAUUGCUUUUCUUAAAAAGCAUCUUUGUAUAAGCUUCUAGCAUCACAAAACGUCCGGCCUCUGCCCCUGGGUGUUUGCUUCAUUAAUUUCAGGCAGGUUAGGUCAAUGUAAGAAGGGAAAGGGGGCAGAUAUUUGAAGACCCAAAACAUAAAUGUAUGUGUUUCCACCUCUCAGAUAUAAUCAGAGAAUUAUUCAUUUGCCCAAAAGGACUUAAGUGGUAGUGGUCAUCCAUCAUUGUAUUUAUCAGGACAGAACCAACUUUGUUAUUAUAAGAUUGCAAAAUCUUUUCAAAUUGCUUUAGUUUUUCUUAGGAAGCCAUGAGUGGGGGGAAAUCACUAACAUGAAAGGCAAAAUAUGGAGUAUGAUUCCUGUGGGGAAAUAAUUUUAUUCUCUCCACCGUGAAAAUAAGUGAAUAAGAGUGAAGCAAAAUUACACCUUUAUGAGAAACCGUAAAAUUGUUUUUUAUUUUUCAGGCCAGACAUAGCUUCCUAAUGAAAGAAAAUGGAAAUGUAAUUCAAUGACUCCUCAAAAGGGAUUUUUGAGGACUUCAUACAAAACUGGGCAUUAAGAAAACCACAAAUGCAUGACCAGGUGCAGUGGCUUAUGCCUGUAAUUCUAGCACGUUGAGAGGCCAAGGCAGGUGGAUCACCUAGAGUCAGGAGUUCAAGACCAGCCUGGCCAACAUGGUGAAACCCCAUCUCUACAAAUAAUAUAAAAAUUAGCCGAGUGUGGUGGUCCAUGCCUGUAAUCCCAGCUACUCGGGAGGCUGAGACAGGAGAAUUGCUUGAACCUAGGAGGUAGAGGUUGCAAUAAGCUGAGACUGUGCCACUGCACUCCAGCCUGGGUAGCAAGAGCAAAACUCAGUCUCAAAAAAAAAAAAAGAGAGCGAGAGAACCACAAUGCAUGCUAAAGACCAGAGGAGCCAGGCGCGGUGGCUCACGCCUGUAAUCCCAGCAGUACUUUGGGAGGCCGAGGCAGGUGGAUCACGAGGUCAAGAGAUCGAGACCAUCCUGGUCAACAUGGUGAAACCCUGUCUCUACUAAAAAUACAAAAAAAAUUAGCUGGGCAUGGUGGUGUGUGCCUGUAAUCCCAGCUACUCAGGAGGCUGAGGCAGGAGAAUUGUCUGAACCCAGGAGGCGGAGGUUGCGGUGAGCCGAGAUCGCACCAUUGCACUCCAGCCUGGGUAACAAGAGCGAAACUCCGUCUCAAAAAAAAAAAAAAGACCAGAGGAGACUGUUCAUAAAACAAAAGCACUCUCACCUGCCAAUGAAUAUGUAGCGUAUGGGGGCGGCGGGGGGGGCAGGGUGUGAGGGUUUGUGGGGCCCCACCACUUGGAAAUACUGCUGUGCCACCUUCCCCACUGACUGUAUACACAGUAAGUGUCUUAUCUUUAAUGUCAUGGACUCUCUGAGCUGCUCCUCAAGAAUUAUUGUAAAUAGGCACUUCACACCAUAAAGUGGGAUUUUUUUGUCCCCCAAACUGACACGUACAAGCGAUAAGAAAAGAGACAAUAUCCAUUUCAUUGACUGAUCAGUUUCCAGAGUAUGAAGGAAUACGCACUGGGUGCCUGCAAGGAUGUCAUCGUCUCUGGGUUUUAUCUGAGAGCAUCACUCAGCAUCUCACACAUAGAUUUCACCAUAUUUUUAAAUGAGCUUUCCUCUUCGGGCUUUCUAAGCAAGUGCUGUUUGCCCGUCGGAAUGACUAACUGCUCCACCUGUGGGUGUCCUUCCUAAUGUGCUACUUUUGUUCUGUAUAAUUCACACCACCUCAUUCCCAAAAGUACUUCCUGUGGCUAAGAAAAAUAUGUUCAAUAAGAUUUAGGAUAGACAAAUCUGUAUAAAAAUAAAAAGUGGUACAGUUAUAAAACAAGACUGUAGAGAAAGUUGUUGCAAAAAUUGCAUGCAGUAAAAUCCCGCACCAUUAGUAAAAGUAAGGUCAGCUGCAAGUUCAGUGCAGGGCUUCCUAGCAGCCAUGUUUAGCAAAGUGUGACUGUUUUUUGUUUUUUGAGAUGGACUCUUGCUCUGUCACCCAGGCUGGCGUGCAGUGGCAUGAUCUCAGAUCACUGCAACCUCUGCUUCCUGGGUUCAAGUGAUUUUCCUGUCUCAGUCUCACUAGUAGCUGGGAUUACAGGCACGCGCCACCAUACUUGGCUAAUUUUUUUAUUUUUAGUAGAGAUAGGGUUUCACCGUUGGUCUGGCUGAUCUUGAACUCCUGACCUGUUUGUGUGUGUGUGUGUGUGUGUGUGUGUUUAAAUAAAAACAAGCAAAGAUUUGGAAGAAAAUGCUUUAGGCCUAACUUUACAAUUAUUAUAACAUGAGAUGUUCCAGGGUCCUUGAAUAAAUGCUAAGUUUGACUUAGGGAAAUGAUUCCAAGGGACCAAGAAUUGGUAGAAAUAAUUUCAAGGCAGAGAAGACCAAUUCUACAGGCCAGGUUUGGUGGCUCAUGCCUAUAAUCCCAGCAUUUUGGGAGGCCAAGGCGGGUGGUUUUCUUAAUGUUCAGUUUUGUAUGAUCACUUGAGGUCAGGAGUUCAAGACCAGCCUGGCCAACAUGGUGAAACCCCAUCUCUACUAAAAAUACAAAAACUUAGUCUGGCGUGGUGGUGGUAGGCAUUGCAAUACCAGUUACUCGGGAGGCUGAAGCAGGAGAAUGGCUUGAACCUGGGAGGUGGAGGUUGCAGUGAGCUGAGAUUGUGCCAUUGCACUCCAGCCUAGGCAACAAGAGGGAAACUUUGUCUUAAAAAAAAAAAAGACUGGCCAGGCGCGGUGGCUCAAGCCUGUAAUCCCAACACUUUGGGAGGCCGAGGUGGGUGGAUCACGAGGUCCAGACCAUCCUGGUCAACAUGGUGAAACCCCAUCUCUACUAAAAAUACAAAAAAAAUUAGCUGGGCAUGGUGGCGCGUGCCUGUAAUCCCAGCUACUCAGGAGGCUGAGGCAGGAGAAUUGCCUGAACCCAGGAGGCGGAGGUUGCGGUGAGCCGAGAUUGCUCCAUUGCACUCCAGCCUGGGUAACAAGAGCGAAACUCCGUCUAAAAAAAAAAAAACAAAAAAACUAAUUCUAGAAUAUUCAUGACCCUGUGACCAGAGAAACUGCCUGUACGGAAGCCAGAGUCAAAGCAGCCACCUGUAACCUGAAAAUGAAAUGCAGACCCAGCCAUCUGUGGGCCUCCCUCAGCAGGAUGACCAUUCUAAGACUAAAUGACAGGCCUUUGAGUUUGAUGCUACAAUUCCAUCCAAAUGCGCAGUUCGGUUUCUGCCUUAGGGAAAGGCAUUCUCCCCUUUUUGAAAUAUCUGUUUCAAAGAUAACUUGUGCUCUGGUUUUCUUUUAUCCAAAGGAGAGAAUCAACAUGCUAAUUUAAAGGUUAACAUCAUUUUAAUUCAAAGAAUUUAGUUUCCAUUCCAUAUUUAAUGCUGAAGACAAAUCUGCUAGGUGCUGGGGGGGAAUAAAAAGAAAUGCACCCCAUUGAUUUCAGAGUAUCUCAUCACAUGGGUUAUGCAUGCUGCCACUUAACUGCCAUUAACAUAGGUAGUUAAGCACUGAUUAAACCUAAGUGGACUCAGAGAAAAAGAUAUUGGGAAAGAUAAUAUGAUAUUGUGGUCUAUGCUGAAUAAUGUUAGCUGUGUUUCAGUAACAGAGUUGGGUAAUAUUGGACAAGUAGAUGAAACCUUAGCAGUGCUGGGCGUGGUGGCUCAUGCCUGUAAUCCCAGCACUUUGGGAGGCUGAGGCAGGCAGAUCGCCUGAGAUCAGGAGUUCAAGACCAGCAUAGCCAACAUGAGGAAACCCCAUCUCUACUCAGAAUACAAAAAUUAGCCAGGUGUGGUGGCUGUAAUCCCAGCUACUUGGGAGGCUGAGGCAGGAGAUUUGCUUGAACCCCAGAGGCGGAGGUUGCAGUGAGCUGAGAUGGUGCUACUGCACUUCAGCCUGGGUGACAGAGCAAGACUCCAUCUCAAAAAAAAAAGAAGAAGAAAAACUUCAGUGGGGUUCAUACCAUAGCUUGGCAGAAUCUAGAAGGCAGAAGGACACUGGAAAAUAAAAUGGCACACAGAGAGGAACGUGGGCUAGGUGAUGGGGCUUCUAGACCUGGCAAUGAACUGGAAUCUAUCUGCUUACACAAAUGUAACCUUCUCUCCAUGACGGAAUACAAAUGUUUCUUGCUGAAACUCGUAGCCCUAGCUGCCCUAAAUGAGAAGCACCGUGCUAGAAAAGUGCACAGGCUGAUCGCAGAGACUGGUGGGAAGCAAAGGGCUGUCAAAAUACAUGUUCUGGGCUAGGGGUGGUGGCUCACAUCUGUAAUCCCAGCACUUUGGGAGGCUGAGGCAGGGGAAUCGCUUGAACCCAGGAGUUUGAGGCCAGCCUGGGCAAUGCAGUGAGACCCUGUCUCUUUAAAAAAAAAAAAAGAAAGAAAGAAAAAGAGAAAGAAAGAGAAAAAAAUCCAUAUUCCUGAUCAGCUCCGAAUAUGACUAUUCAAUGGAGAGAGUAAAAUUACAGUGGAAGGCACACAUGAUCUUUGACCUUGCUAAAGAAAGGUGCGUAAAAGGAUAGCAGACAUAAUGCUCAUCUUAGGUUACCUGUUGAUUUUAAAACAACCAAAAAAAAAAACUCCAUAAAAAAAUAAGUAAAAUAUAAAAACAAAUUAAUGUUUUAUAGACCCUCGGGAAAAGAAUUUUCAGCAAAGUACAAAAAUUUAAAGCAUUCCUUUCUUUAAUUUGUAAUUCUUUACUGUGGAACAGCUCAAAUAUCAGUUCUGUUUUAGGUAAUGGAAAUGAUAACUGGGCAAGGAAACGUAAUUUGGAUUGUAAAAUUCUUGCUCUAAUAAAAAUUCCUUAAACAGUUGAAAAAAGAAGAAAAGAGAGAAAGUGGCAAGAGAAUCAUCAAAAGUUUCCAUAGAUGGUUGGGAAGAUCUGAUUGGCGUUUCCAACACGUGUGUCAUUCUAAGAAUCCCAAAGCUGGCAAGCCAAGCAGUGGAACUUACUGUAACGACAACCAAUCUUGUCUCAUCCACGUUUUUGCCAGUUUCAAAAACAUUGAAUUUCCCAUCAAAUGUUCUAUCAGAGUAAACCUUUACCUAACUACUUAUUUUGCUUUUAAUAUGUGAAUUUCUGGGAACAUUCUCAUGGGCAGAGUCUCUUUCCUUUUUUUUUUUUGAGAUAGAGUUUCUCCCUCUCGCCCAAGCUGGAGUGCAGUGGCAGGAUUUCAGCUCACUGUAACCUCUGCCUUCCGAUUUCAAGCGAUUCUCCUGCCUCAGCCUCCUGCGUAGCUGGGAUCACCAAAUUUGUACAAUGGGUGCAUGCCAACAUGCCUGGCUAAUUUUUGUAUUUUUAGUAGAGAUGGAGUUUCACCAUGUUGGCCAGGAUGGUCUUGAACUCCUGACCUCGUGAUCCUCCCACCUCGGCCUCCCUAAGUGCUGGGAUUAUAGGCAUGAGCCACUGCACCUGGCCCAGAGUCUCUAAUUUGUUUUCCAGCAGCUCAUCUAGCAAGUAGGCACCAGGGACUGUAUUCUGCUUACAGCUGAAGAGCUUCUGUAGCUCCUGUUAUCCAAGUCGGUGAAGUAUUAAGGUUGAGAAUGAUGGCUCAAGGACAAGAUUUCACACCUCUCACCCCCACUGCCACUUUCAAGAAUGAUCCACCACCUCCCCUUAACUCAGCAGCAACUGAACAUGGGGAGGGGGCAGGGGGUAAUCAUUUUCUCCUUUAGAUGUCUCAGGUUGUAUGUUAUCUGGAUUCUGCUUAAAAACAGAGCUAAAUAGUAACCAAGACUGAACCGGGCUGACCAUAAAGUGAUAUUGAUUCUCCUAAGAUUAAAAGCGAGCAUAAGAUCAUUAAAAUGAAAUGGUGUGGCUUCAAAACGCAGCUCACUAAACAUCUGCCUCCUGGUGGACAAAGAUUUUAGGCAUGAGAGUUGACACAGAGACUCAACUUCAGGUGGAUAAGAAAGAGUUUAAGUAGAGAAGUAGGGAGGCUUGUCUUUUUUUUUUUCUUUUUUCUUUCUUUUCUUUUGAGAUGAAAUCUUGCUCUGUUGCCCAGGCUGGAGUGCAGUGGCAUGAUCUCGGCUCACUGCAACCUCUGACCCUGGGUUCAAGUGAUUCUCCUGCCUCCCCCUCCCAAGUAGCUGGAAUUACAGGCAUGUGCCUCCAUACCCAGCUAAUUUUUGUAUUUUUAGUGGAGAUGACGUUUUGCCGUGUUGGCAAGGCAGGUCUCGAACUCCUGACCUCAGGUGAUCAACCCACCUCAGCGUCCCAAAGUGCUGGGAUUACAGGCAUGAGCCACCACACUCAGCCAAUUUUUCAUCAUCUCUCUCUUUCCUGGCAUUAUUGAAGGGACAGACUGGUUGGGGCGGGGGGCGGGGAAAGAACACCUCUUUGCUUAGAUAUUGGCGCCUAGUGGGGACACUAAGUUCAUUUCCUGAUCCUACCAGGCCUGGAAGCAGCAAAGGAAUGUCCUGAUUAGAGAUAAAAUUGUCCUAUCCUUUUAGAAAAGCCUGUUGCUGGGGGCAGUGGCUCAAGCCUGUAAUCCCAGCACUUUGGGAAGCCGAGGCGGGUGGAUCACGAGGUCAAGAGAUUGAGACCAUCCUGGUCAACAAGGUGAACCCCCGUCUCUACUAAAAAUACAAAAAAUUAGCUGGGCAUGGUGGCGCAUGCCUAUAAUCCCAGCUACUCAGGAGGCUGAGGCAGGAGAAUUGCCUGAACCCAGGAGGCGGAGGUUGCAGUGAGCCAAGAUCGUGCCAUUGCACUCCAGCCUGGGUAACAAGAGCAAAACUCCAUCUCAAAAAAUAAAUAAAUAAAAAGAAAAGCCUGUUAAGCAAUAUGAUGCAAGGCCACCUUUGAUGAAAUCUGAAAGGACACCCUACAGCCUUGUCCACUCCAAUUAUUCAGUGACAGGGCCUCCAGUUGCUUAAGCCAUAGAGAAGGUCCCUUUGCAGUGGGAGUCCCUGAAGAGAUAAUGGGAAGCCCAGGAUGAACCCAGUCCUAAGGGCUGCUGGGGGCUAUCCAAUAAGACUGUUUUAGCCCUGGACACAGAGGGAGACACAGUCAUUCCAGGUCCUUACAAAGAAUACAUUGCCAAGCCACCAGUACAAGGACCCCAAAGGAUAUCUGCUAGUCUCAAGAGAGGAAGACCCACCACCAACUCUCUGGGACUAUCUGUCAACUCAACAGGUGCAGCUAGGGACCUCUUCCUCUUCCCUCCCAGGAAGCUGUGCUAUCAGUUCCUGGGAGGGUUCGUGUUCCCACAUAAGGGGAUACGUUCAUUGCUGAGUAUGCUGACAUCUUUCUCAUGGGUAUGAUUUUUAAACAAGAAACUUAAAUGGUUCUCAUGUAAUAUAACUGAUAUGCUUUGGCUGUGUCCUCACCCAAAUCUCAUCCUGAACUGCAGCUCCCAUAAGCCCCAUGUGUUGUGGGAGGGACCCAAUGGGAGGUAAUUGAAUCAUGGAAACGGUCACCUCCACACUGUUCUGGUGAUAGUGAGUGAGUUCUCACAGGAUCUGAUGGUUUCAUAAGGGGCUUUCCUCCUGCUUUGCUCUGCACUUCUCCUUGCUGCUGUCAUGUGAAGAAGGACGUGUUUGCUUCCUCUUCUGCCAUGAUUGUAAGUUUCCUGAGGCCUCCCCAGCCUUGCAGAACUCUGAGUCAAUUAAAACUCUUUCCUUUAUAAACUA